GCCUGUAAGAAAAGUGUUCUGGUAUGAGAUGAGGAGAAUAAUUUAUAGCUGGUAAUAUCUCGGUCUACUAUUUUCUCUUUAAAGCAAAUGAAGAAAUUUCAAAACUUACUUGAUGAAAUUGGGUAUGAUUCUGAAAGCUAUAAUGGUCCGUGAUUGAAUUUCAGAAUUAGUCAAAGUGUUUUUCUACCGAUCAGGUUGUUUUUUCCUAAAAACGGUGUUGGUGAUCCGUAAAUUAAGAACUGAAACUAGAUGAUAUUCGAGUUUCACUCGUACAUGAAAUGCGAUGUGAAGCAAGAAUCCGUAUAUCGUACGAAAAAUCUUCAAUUGAUAGGUAUUAAAUAGUUUUUCUAUAGCCAUAAUGCAGUUCAUCACUGAGAAAACUAUUCUUACUUGGCGAUCUAUUCUUAAGGGUCGAUUUCGAUUCGUCGAUUAAUUAUCUCCAUGAUUGGGUGUGGGUAUAGAUUAGCAGAAGAAUCACACCCACACUUCAGCGCGAUAGAGAGAGAGAUCUCCUUUUAUUCUUAUGUUUUCCCUUCUAGUUAAUAUUCCUGCUGAUGCUAAAUGGUCACAGGGCGGAGUGACUAUUGCUGGAGGUAACGGGGCUGGAAGUGCCACUAAUCAACUCAACUUGCCUUAUGGUCUCUUCGUUGAUGAUGAUCAAACAGUGGUUAUGGCUGACUACAACAAUAAUCGUAUCAUGCAAUGGAAGAACGGUGAUACAACGAAUGGACAAGUUGUUGCUGGUGAUAAUGGCCAAGGAAAUGGAUUAAAUCAAUUGAAUCAUCCAAUUGAUGUAUUAAUUGACAAAGAGACGGAUAGUCUCAUUAUUUGUGAUUAUGGGAAUGGACGAGUUGUACGAUGGUCUCGUCGUAGUGAUACAACACAAGGAGAAAUACUCAUCGGCAGCCUCCGAUGUGCUGGAUUAGCAAUGGAUAAGCAGGGAUAUCUCUACGUCGCUGACUGGCAUACAAAUGAAGUAAGGCGAUAUCAAUUUGGUGAGGAGACUGGCACUGUCGUAGCUGGUGGUAAUGGACAAGGUAAUGGACUCAAUCAACUCAACAACCCGACAUAUCUCUCUGUCGAUGGACAACAGAAUGUCUACGUAUCAGACUGGGGCAAUAAUCGUGUAAUGAAAUGGAAUAAAGAUGCAACAGAAGGUAUUGUGGUCGCUGGAGGACAAGGCCAAGGGAAUGCUUUGACACAAUUGUAUUCUCCACAAGGAAUCGUCGUUGAUACGUUGGGUACACUCUAUGUAGCAGACUCGUAUAAUCAUCGUGUAAUGCGUUGGACCCAAGGAGACCAGAAGCAAGGUAGUGUAAUUUUAGGUGGAAAUAAUUCAGGAGCAGGAGCAAAUCAGUUCAACUACCCCUUUGGUUUGGGUUUCGAUCAAAAUGGUAAUCUCUAUGUCACCGAUUAUGGUAAUCAUCGUGUUCAACGAUUUUCUAUCGAAUAA